AUGUCUCUGAUAAAGAAAUAUAAUAAAGAGUAUAGCAUGUUGAGUACAGUUUUAGGCAGCUUGGCCAGUUUCUCUAAGAUCACUGGCAGUAGUGACGACGACUGGAUUGACCGCCUUAACCACCUAUGGACAGUGGUUCUAUUGACUUUAUUUGCAGUGGUGACAUCAUCUGGUCAGUAUGCAGGUAACCCAAUCGAGUGUUGGGUGCCAGCUGAAUUCACAAGUGCAUACACAGCUUAUGCCAAAUCUUUCUGCUGGGUCUCAAACACAUACUACGUCCCUCAGGAAGAACCUAUACCACAUAGAGUAGCCGAUAGAUAUGACCAAGAAUUGACUUACUAUCAAUGGAUACCCAUCAUUCUUAUGUUUCAAGCACUCAUGUUCAAAAUUCCAAAUAUUGUUUGGCGUAUGUUGAAUGGACAGUCAGGUGUGAAUAUCGAGAAGAUAACAACACUGUCUGAGACGGGGAUGCUCGGAGACCCAGAAGAUAGAAUGAAAAAUAUCUCUCAUCUUGCCAAGUACCUUAAUCGCUGGAUCCAGACACAUAGAGAGUAUAGGUACAACUUCUUAGUCAAAGUCAGGGAAAAGUAUUCCAAUGUGCUGUGUUUUUGUUGUGGAAAGAGAGAUGGAACAUUUCUCACCGGUUUUUACAUGUUCACCAAAUUUCUGUACUGUGCCAAUGUUGUGGGGCAGUUUUUCCUUCUGAAUGCAUUCAUGGCUACAGAUUUUAACAUGUUUGGAUUUGAAGUGAUUGAAAAUUUUAUUUAUGACAGGAACUGGAGAGAAUCGCCUCGAUUUCCGCGAGUGACUUUGUGUGACUUCAAAAUUCGUCAGCUUGCCAAUCUUCAGACUUUCACAGUGCAAUGUGUCUUGCCCAUCAAUCUAUUCAAUGAAAAAAUCUUCACUUUUCUAUGGUUUUGGUUUUUUCUUUUAGCUGCUCUUUCCUUUGGAAACCUGUUCCACUGGAUAUAUGUAAUAGUAUUUGGAGAAAAUAAAGUCGCGUACGUCCGAAAAUAUCUCAAGGUAGCUGGUGAAAUUCACACAAACUUUGACAAGAAACUCUCGAGGAAAUUUGCAGAGCAUUACUUAAGGUCUGACGGAGUCUUUGUUUUGAAGCUGGUUGGAAAGAACACAUCUGCUAUGUUUAUAUCAGACCUAAUUCAGUUACUAUGGAAAACAUUUAAGGAGGAGAACUGUACCAGGAAGCAGAAUGGGGUAACAGAAGUGGAGGUAGAGACACCUUUAAUGAAUGGAAAUUGUCAAAUGGGAGACAUGGAACCCCCUUCAUUAAAAAGCAAACUGUGAAUCUCAUAUGUUUUUAUGUAGUCAUUUUAUACAUGUUAUAUGCCAAAAUCAAAAUGACUGAAUUGGGUAUUAUUAUCUUGCAUGUGAGAAUGAAUUUGAAUGUUUGGCAGAUUGAGAAUCUGGUAGAUGUAAUUUUUUUUCCCCCCAAUUGCUUGAGUACUCAGUAGUCUAGAGUAGAUUUAUUUUACUGAUAGUUAUUAUUGAAUGUUAGUGGUAGAACUGUUUAGUGAUAGAGUUAUAUCUGUUUAGUAGUAGAUUUAUUGAUUGAUAGAUUUGUUUUUGUAUUCCCUUUUGUUGUGUUAGACUAUUGUGUCUUGUCAGUCUAGUCAUACACAUGGUGCUUAAGUUCUCAAUAAUAAGAGAAAAAUCUCAUGUUGUUUUGCAUGUAGUUGUCUAUGUAAUGGUUUGAUAUUGAAAAAAGUUUUAUUUUUAUUGAGUUUUGUUUUAUAUUAUUAUGAUCAUGAGUAUUAAGUUAAUUCUCUUACUAGUAUGAUCUCUAAUCAUAUAUAUCUAGGAAUACUGGAAUAAUCUAAGUAUAUUGAAUUGAUUUUUUUUGUCAACAAACAAUUGGGACCAAUUAAGCAAAUAUAGUAUAUUUCUUUUCAUGUUAAAGAUGUUUUCAUUCACUUAAACUUUUCACGCACAGCCGCAUAGAAUCAGUUAUUGAAACACAUUUUCACACCUAUAAUGUUAUCCGUACUUACUGCCUGUUAUAGCAGUAGCACUGCCUACACAUAAGUAUUAUGUUUACGUUGUGUUUUUCCUUUCAUGUACAUGUACGUGAUAUUAUUUUUAAGAGGCUGUUUUUCCCACAUGUUCAGCAUUUCAAUCUGUUUGUUCAUUCGCCCACUAUGCGAUAGCAUAUACAUGAGAAUUUAUUUUCUUAUAUAUAGAAAAAUAAAUCUGCCUUUGUAUUUAAAGAGAUUUAUUAAAUUUAACAUUCAGUGAUCAAGCUUAGUGCAUGUACUUUUAAUUCUAAAUGUAUAUUACAUUAAAUAGACUUAAGAUUACUAGCUUUUGUCAAUCAGUUUAUAAGGUUUUAAAAUACAUUGCCUGUAGAAAAAUUUUAAAUUCACCUGCUUAAGUUAAUCAAGAGUUGAAAAAAUCUGUAUACUUCUACUAAGAGCUUAACAGACUUAAACUUUAUAAAUGAAUAGUAUUUGAUCACCAAAUGCUUGUGGCAUGCAACUAGCAAAUAACGAAAUGAACAAUGGACUACCAAAUACAUAGACGGAUAAAUCCAUACAAGUAUUAUUUUAGUAUACAGCAACACUGUUCUUGUGAUUCUUGAAGUUUGUUAAUUGUAAAAUUGUACCAUUUGCAGCAGUGUUUGUUUAAAUUAAAAAAAAAAAUAUGAAUUACAAAAAAGUUGCUGAUUUACUUUUUAAUGAAUUUAUUUUUAGGAUGACACAUAACAAGCUAAAUUACAUGUUCUUAAUAAGAAGACAUUUAUCAUGUUUCAUCAUUCUAGAUCAUGACUCAUUUGUUUUCGCUAUGGAAAAUAUUUUUUGGUUACUUAACAGUACAUGUUCUAGUAGAUACUUCAAGAGACUUAGUCAAUGUAAUUGUAAUAACGAGAUAUUUUCAAGUGACUUUUCCUGCUUCUUAGGACGUUGACCAGCUUGUUAUGACAGACUUUAGUCAAGCACUCCUUAGUGUCCAUGUAAAGUGUUGUGUUGAAUAUUUUGCGAUUGAAAUCAGACACUUGAUUAACACUGUAGUCACAAUGUAGAUAGUAUUUAAGCACAAGAAAGAUAGAUUGGUCUUUCAUUUAAAAUACAUUUGGAACUUUAUCCAUACUUAUCAGUCUAUCCCAUUUGAUCAGCAUUGUUGAUGAUCAUUACCUGUGUUUUACUGAUAGCUAUAUUUUGUGCCUUUAGCAACGUUAAAGCAUUUUCACAGAUUUCAAGAUUUAACCUCUCUAUAUUCUAUUGAUUUUUGUAAAUUAAUAUCAAUAAAGAUUAAAAUUAAGAUAGAAUUGAGGGUAGAUUCUGGGUCUUAGGAAGGAGGUCCAAAGUCAUGUUUAGUGUUAAUAACUGCGUAAAAUUUAAAACACUGAAUAUCUUGGAAGGAUGCAAUAAUUAUUGACCCCCAAUUUCUCUCCUCCCCCCCCCCCCCCCCCUUCCCCCUGCUAGAAUUGCCUUUGAAGAUAUAUUCAAUAUAGACAAUUUUGAGUCUAUGAAAAAAAUAAUAAGGGAAUAAUGAUAAUGUUUAUACUGUCAAGUUUAUACAUAGUUGCAGUAGUAGUGUGUGAAUUAGAGGAUAUGCCAUCUUGAAAUUGAGCACCUACAAACUAGAGAGACACUCACAUGAAGUGGCAUAUUCAUAAAUCUUAAAGUUAGUGAUGUGAAAUUUCUAACAGAUGGUUUCAAUUUAAUGCUUCCACAUUGCUGGUUUUUGCAUUUAGUUUUCAUGGUUUUACAAACUAUUACUUGAACAUGUGCAAGAUCUCAACAGAUUUGAGUGGCAUUAUAUUGUGUAUUUUUUAUGUUAUUUAAUGUUGUACUAGUAUUGUUAGAAGUGUAGGAUUAAUCGGCUUACUGAUUGUAAUACUCUGUUGAAUUUUGGAGAUCAGGUUGAUCUGAAACUGGCAAUUUUCCAUGUCCUCCAAAAUUGAUGUUCAUAUAAUCAUUUCAUGUAAAUGUCAUGAAUACAAUGAUCCUGGCAUGUGAUGAGAUUUGUUACUAUAUAUUUGUACAAAUUACAAUAUAAUGUGUUUUUGACCUUUGUUUUAAAUUCCCGUGACUUAUAUUCAAAUCAGUAUUCCUCUCUUUAACUUUUAUUUAAUUUUGUGUUAUGUUGUUUUGUUGUUUUUUCAAUUUUUUUAAAAACAUCUCAUGUACUAAGUAGUCCUGGCAUUUUAUGUGACCAUCUCAUGCAUACAGACCAAAUACUCAUGUCAUUCAGAAAAAGGAGCUGUUUUACCAGCGGCCCAAAAAGUUGCUCAAGAAAUAAAACAAGAAUAUUCCAGAAAUAA